CUCCACCCCUCGCUCCUAUGGCUGCUCGGGUGAGAGGAGGGAUCUGGAACACGUGGGGUUACGAGAAUGUCCACGGGAGGGUGGUGGAGGAGGGGGAGGAGGAGGAGGAGGAGGAGGAGGAGGAGGAGGAGGAGGAGGAGGAGGAGGAGGAGGAGGAGGAGGAGGAGGAGGAGGAGGAGGAAGACCUGGCAGCCUGGCAGCAUACCUUGGCAUAUGGCGUUCAGGGAAGCACCAUCUAGGGGACUUACCCAGAGAAACACCAUCCAGCCUCUCUAGGCUGUGCUCGUCAGACCCUUUAAGGCCAGAUUCGUUAGGAGAACUUCUGGUGGACCGAGGAGUACAAGGGGGAGUGUUAAGUGGGGAGAGAGAGGCAGAAGUGGAGCUGGAGCAGCUGCAGAGGGAGUGGAGGCGACAACUGGAUGAGCGGAGACGGACUAUGCAUUUUCAGAGA